AUGAAGACCACCGUAGCUCUGCUGACGCUGCUACAGCUUGUCAUAGGUAGCCCGCCGUGGACCGACAACGAUGGGCUAACAGUACAGACGACCUCGGGGUAUGUCCAUGGCAAGCUGAACGGCGAUGUGAGGCAAUUCCUGGGUAUCCCGUUCGCAGAACCGCCUACUGGUGACCUACGCUUUGCUCCGCCUCAAGCGCUGGGAACGCCUUCGUCCGAGGUCAUCGAAGCUACGGCAUACCCACCAAGUUGUAUGCAGUGGCUAGGCACUCCUCCUUCGGUCUACAAUCGAGACGUGCUGGAGUUCAACUUACAGGGACUCAAUGAGACCGGGAACAUCAGCGAGGACUGCCUUACAGCCGCUGUAUGGGCACCAAAGGAAGUCAAGGGACCCCUUCCAGUACUCAUCUUUGUCUACGGAGGUGGCUUUACUACGGGCGGGAUCGACGUGCCAUACCAGAUUCCAACUCAAUUGGUCCAGCGCAAGCAAGAUGUCAUAGUCGUCUCGUUCAACUACCGUGUCAACAUAUUUGGUUUUCCAAAUGCUGCCGGUCUUGAAUCUCAGAAUUUUGGUCUACUUGAUCAGAGACUCGCGGUCGAAUGGACUAGGGACAACAUCGCUGCCUUCGGUGGGGACAACUCACGCAUGGUACUAUGGGGUCAAUCGGCCGGUGCAUCGAGCGUAUCGUACUACGUGUAUUCCUACUCCGAAGACCCCAUCAUCUCAGGUUUCAUCACUGAUUCGGGUACGGCACGAGACGCCACCACCACCACACCGUUCACCACAAAUUUCACCUACGUGGCAAGUCAGCUAGGGUGCUCUGAUCCAUCAGAAGAGCUCUCAUGUAUGCGUGGGCUACCCGCUGACCAGAUCAACAACUUCCUGGCGAAUUACUCCAACGCACAAGCCCAGCCACCUCUCACGUUCCGUCCUGUGCCUGAUGACAAGAAUGUACCUGUCAACAUUACAGCGAGGACGCUGAACCAUCAGCUCCCUAAUAUUCCAGGCAUUAUCGGCACCAACAGUCAAGACGGGGUGCCCUUCGUGCCUUUCGGGCCAGAUGAGCUGAACAAGACCCUGACCGAACAGGCUCGCCUGUCAAGAUUCUUCUGCCCAUCGAACUAUCAGAUCUCUCUACGCCAGCGCGCCGGUACGAGACCUACUCGUACUGGUACGGCGGCAACUUCUCCAAUAUCAGUCCCAGACCUUGGCUCGGAGCGUUCCACUCCGGAGAACUGCCUAUGA